AUGAGCUCUUCCACCUUUUCAAACCAGGCUUUGAAGCGCUCGCGAAGCCCGACCCCAAGCCUUAGCCAGACUGCGCCCAAGCGGUCGCGCGGCCACCCGUACAUCCCCCGAUUCAAUGCAGUCACAUUCAAGCCAUCCCCUACGUUCAGCAGCACUCUCGCGUCGUCAUUGUCACCUGCGCGUACGGAGCUUGCGCAUGCUCGCAGCCUCCAACAGGCCAUUUCAACGUACCGUCUCGAGCUCCGCGAAAUCCUGCACGAUCUCGUCGACAGGCGGGAGAACCUCUACCAUCACCUGCAUGAGGUUGAGCAGCACGUGCUCAACACAGUCGACCCAGUACAGGACCUAAGUGUCCUCGCAGGCAUCCACGAUCAGGCGGCCGAUCAUGCUGUUGCGGCGCAUCAUGCGGUCAAGUUCCCGCAUCUCCGUGCAGACGCCGAUUCGCUACGCGCACGCGCAACGCAUAUGCACGAUGCGCAUCUGAUCUUAAACGCAAGCCUGAACGCUAUUCACCAGCAAUGGGAAAGCUCGAUGUCCGAGGCGUCAGCCUUGAAAGGCCUGCUCGCAAAGCUCGAUACAGCGUUGCACGGCAUCAGCGCUGAGGUGGAUGCAUUGGGCGGUUCAUUGGAGGAGGUUGUGGACGUUUUGGACGUUGUGGACGUUUUGGACGUUGCGUAG